GACCUUGAUGAUGAAGCUGGGUACGAUGACUAUUACAGUGAUGAUGAUGGAUUGGAGCAGGAGUAUGAGGACGAGGAGGAAGAAGAAGAACCACCAAAGGAAGAACUCGAGUAUCUUGAGUUGCGUCAAAAGUUAAAAGAUUCAAUCAGGAAGAAACUGGGCAAAGGAAGUGCCAAUGCUCAAUCUUCACAAGAGAGAAGAAAGAAACUCCCUUACAACGAUUUUGGUUCCUUCUUUGGUCCUUCGCGUCCUGUUAUCUCCUCGAGGGUUAUACAAGAAAGCAAAUCCUUGCUCGAGAACGAGAUACGGACAGGUAGAAUGUCGAGCUCGAACCAAGCUAAGAAAAGACCUGUUCCAACGAGUGGUUCAGACGCUAAGAGUGCGUCCCUUGAGAAGCGGCCUAAGGUUGUGAGCGAGGCAAGGAGGAAAGUUGAGACUCUCAAGGACACAAGAGACUAUUCGUUUUUAUUUUCCGAUGACGCGGAGCUUCCUGUUCCGAAGAAGGAAGCAUCGUCUCUGUCUCGAAGUGGCUCCUUUCCUAGUUCUGGUAUGUUGCGUCUUCCGAGAAACUCUGUUUGUUGUUAUUUUAAAGCAUACCAUUUUCAUGGAGAUAACUUAUACAGGUUUUUUGCUGAUGUUCAAGAGGCUCGUUCUGCUCAGUUAUUAGCACGGCCCAAACAGCCAUCAGGUACCACCAAUGGUCGAGCCGCACACGCUCCUCCCCCUCGUGAGGAGAAGAGACCCGUAUCAGCGAAUGGGCAUUCUUCAAGACCGGUUUCCUCUGGCAGCCAAAUGAACCAUUCAAGACCUGCUCCGCACAUUUCAAGACCGGCUUCCUCGGGAAGCCAAAUGCAAAACUCAAGACCGGUUUCCUCGGGAAGUCAAAUGCAGUCGCGUAGACCGGCUUCCUCAGGCAGCCAAACGCAAAACACAAGACCGUCUUCCUCCAGUAGCCAAAUGCAGCAGAGGGCUUCGUCCUCGGGAAGCCAAAGACCUGGUUCCUCGGUAAACCGUCAAGCACCACCCACUAGCAGACCAUCAGGCUCUUCGAUGAAUGGCCAAUCAGCUAACCGGAAUGGCCAGCUGAAUUCCCGAUCAGCUCCUUCGAAAGCGCCAGUGGAUCAGAGGAAACAGAUGAGCAGCGGCAGCAAUGGAGUCGGUCCUGGCCGGUCAGCGCCGCCCACGUCUAGACCUCUGCCUUCUAAGAUGUCACUGGAGAGAAGGCCCUCCAUCUCGGCGGGAAAGAGUUCUCUUCAAAGUGCUCAAAGACCAUCCUCGUCUAGACCAAUGUCAUCUGAUCCGAGACAAAGGAUGCUAGAGCAGAGAAAGGUUUCUCGUGACCCUGCUACAUCCCGAAUGAUCCCGAAACAAUCAGCGCCUACCUCGAGACACCAGAUGAUGAGUAAACCGGCGCUCAAGAGACCUCCACCGCGUGAUAUAGAUUAUGAUCGAAGGCCUCCGCCGAAGAAGAAGAAGCCUGCAAGAAUGACAGAGGAUGAUAUAGCCAUGAACAUGAUUAGGCAAAUGUUCAAGACUGAACGUUUUGCUGGGCGUGACGAUGAUGACCGAAACAUGGAAGCAAACUUUGACGAUAUCAUGAAGGAAGAGAGACGAAGUGCGAGAAUCGCAAGGGAGGAAGAUGAAAGAGAAGCUCUGCUUGAAGCGGAAGAAGAAAGGAGAGAAAGAGAGAGAAAGGCUCGGAAGCUGAGUCGUUAA